AUGCGUCCAGUGCUCUUUUUAAGAACGACCAGCGUUACUUCAGUACAUAGUGGGAUCAUUUUAGUCCAUCAACUUGUUAGAUUGAGAUGUACUAUUAUAAAAGUUGCUAAACCUGGGGUUAGCGAUGUGUGUUUAAGUACGAAUGAACCUGCUACAGAAGAUGGAAUUCAGAAGUGGGAAUUAUCUACUGGCCUCAAAUUACCUCAGGAUUUAAAAGACUUUUAUCUAACAACUAACGGGAUAGAAUUUGUUUGGUGCAAUGUUUGCAAUGAACGAACUUGUACAAUUGGAAGGAUUAAAAUAAAUAGCCUAGAAGAGUUCAAAUCUGUAAGAUUGAAAUUCACAAAUUCUUCUGGAGAGGAGGAGAUAAGUGGUAAUGAGAAAUUAUUUUUGUCCAGUUUACUGGGUUCCGACUUCGAAAAUUGGCCCUGUGCGUAUGAAUUGGAAAAGUGUCUUAAUGGUACUUCAGUGGUGUACGUUUUUGAUUGUGAUAAAGGUGUUUAUGUCUUCAAUCACGACUUGAGUAUUCACGAAAUUUGUUGCACAUUUGAACAAUAUGUGAGGCUGGCAAUUGUUCAUUUGGGUUUGCGUGAUUGGCAACUUUGGUACACCAACGAUAAACCUAGUCCAAAUAGUCAACAACUGUGUUCCCUGUACACACCUGGACGGUUGUACCUGAACACUCCUGACUCUCGUGAACAGUUUUUGUUUGACUUACAAAGCUGGGUUCCUGCAUCUUUCAGUGCAGACAAAGUAAUAAAUUUGGAAACUUCUAGAUUAGAUCAUUCAAAAUUGUCUGGCAAAACUAUGCAGCCAGGGGUUCAAAAUAAACGGGGGAGGUCCAGCGAUUCAUGUAACCGUCGAUCAAGUGAAGUUUGGAAUACAGGAAGAAGAUCAAAGAAGUAA